AUUUCGACUAUAACUUUUAUUAUUUAUUCCUAGACGAUGCUAUACUUGUUUUAGUUUUUAUUUUAUUCGAAGAUGCCCCAUAAAUUAUUAUCUUGAAUUUUUGAUAAUUUUAUCGAUUCUUUUCUUUUAAUUCCUAUCUAUAAAGAAAAAACAAAUCCAGAGUAGUAGUGACCAGUGAGCCACUGACAAGGAAAAAAAAACAAGAAAAAAUUGGCAAAUUGGGCAAAUUGCAAGUUUGAUAUUAGGGAGUUGGGCGACCUCGAGUUUAAAUUAUAAGAUUGAGCGAAUCGCCUUUUCCAAACUUGUGAAAUGUCGACAGAGGGCGCGCGUGAUUCUUGGUAUUACGACCGUGCCACCUCUUGAUUUUUUAUUUAAAAAUAAAAAAAGACCUAAUAAAAGAAUAAAAAAGAAGGAAAUUAGAAAAACCAAAACAUCCCUUAUAUCAAAAUAUACCAGAACCACCUCUAAACAGCUGCAAUUGAGAACCAAACAUAAGAAGAAUCCCACAUAAGAACCACUCUCGACUGUACCCAGAUCGGCAUGGUAUCCCCCUCCAGCGUAACGCCCUCGAGGAGGGUGACUCGUAGUCAAUGCGCCAGUGAUAGAGAAGCAAAUCCCAAGAAAAUUCCCCGACUAGGCAAAACUGCGUCUCGUUAUGCAGGUAUCUCCUUUCGCUAAGCUUCGCUGUGAAAUUCUUUGGAAAAAGUUUUUUAAAAUAAAGCGUUGGGUAAAUGUCUGGAUUUGGUCAUUGUAUUUCAGUAUCUAGCACGGAGUCCGAACUAGAGGAACCUGCAUCCACCGACCAAGAAGAAGCUGCAUCCACCGAGCCGGAAUUUAUUGUCACCACGCCGACUUUCCCGGAAAGACUGUUCUCACGUAAUUGCUAUCCUGGCAAACCUCGAUUGAACAUCUAUUCAAAGGCGAGUAUCAUUGGAUCGUUAGUGAAGUUUCUAAGAGGCUCCCCUGAAAUGAAUUGUCUGCUAGGAAGUCAGUUUGGAGCUCUGUUCCACUUACCUGUAUCGCGCUGCUCAAACUCUGCGAAACUUGUACAUUCUCUCCUCAGCCGUCAGCUGGUUACGAUGCGCCUAUAUGAGCUCUGGUUCUUGUUUGCAGACAAGCCACUACGCUUUUCUCUGCGUGAGUUCGGAGACAUCACAUGGCUGAAAUGCGAGCCUGAAAGGGAAAAAGUUGGAAACGGGUCAGAAUCUAUCGAUGCCACACCUGGACGUAUGUGGAAAGAGUUGUUUGAAACUGAAGAUGAAGACGUGACUGUACCAGAUGUUCUUCGUAUGCUUGAACAGCCUAGUCUUCCUGAGUGGAAGCGGUUGCCACUAGCUCUCAUUGCGCUUGUAGAUGGGCUCCUGGUUUGUGGUCACAAACUUCUUCGUGUGACGCCUGCUUACGUCGAGAUGCUGGAAGACACCAGAUCAUUUCUUCAAUAUCCAUGGGGGAGAGAGGCAUUCGUCAGCACUCUGUCUAGAUUGAGACCACCUCAACCUUCUGAUCCUUCUAAAAUGGAUAAAUCCCUUUCGGUCAUGCGCCUUCGUUUGAAACAGCAGUCAACAGCGUGUUAUGGGUUCCCUCUGGCGCUGCAACCUUUUGCUUUUAAAGCUAUCCCCUCAUUGCUUGAGAAAAUUCCUGAACCUAAUAAAACCACUUCUUUCUUGCAAGAACCAGAAGGAUGCGACUCAACAAAUGCACUUCUGAAUUUUGAAGACAUACUUCUGGUGGAAACCCAAACUGAGGUACAAUGUUGUUGUCUAUCUUAUUUGCAAAACAGAAGUUAAGACGCUCAAACUUUGUGUACUUAUGAAUGUUUGUGUUCUUUGUUUGAGGUUAUUGUUACGUAUUCAAUCCCAGAUGAAGGUGGGGAUCCAAAGUGGAAGAAAGAAGUAAUCGAUCCCCAAAUAGAUAACUUAGUUCGUCGAAUGCGGGAAGGGCACGAGUUCAAAGCAACAGACUUUAGAGGAGGUGAUUCAUCCCUUCCACCUCUGAAGCCAGCCGAAAAGGCUGAAGGUGUUGGUGUCAAAAAGAAGUGUCAAAAGCCGUCUAAUCGGUUUGGGAAAGCAUGUGAUGAACCUGGAAGUACGACUCAGGCGCCUCAGCGUCCUAUUCGACCUCGUCGUGGGAUAUGUAAACAGGCUGAACCAGGAAACUUAUCAGAUAAGGAGCAAGAGCUGAAAGAGUGGAUACGAGUUGAACUGAAAACGCAGUUGGGUAAAUUGCGGAACGAGAUUUUUGACUGGUUGCAUCAUGAUAGGGGAGGCUCGUUCACGGUUCUGCAAAACACAGCAGCCGGUAAAACAAACAGAGACAACAGUCACGCUGACCCUACCGGCAUGGAAGGUCCAAAGUAGCGACGUCCGUUCACUGGUGAUGGUAAUGAUGAAGCUGAAAUAUUUUGGUCUGAUAGUAAGAAACACAAGAAGAACAACGGCGAUGGGUUUAGCGACGAUGAGACGAUGAGAAUGCAUGAUAAUCAUUGUGAUGGCCGUAUGCCAAAUGCUCGCUUCUGGGAAAAGGUAAUCAAACUGCUCCUACAAUUUUUAAUGAUAAACAAUGCCUGAAUCCCGGUCUAACUUUUUUGAGGAAAAUUCAACGUGUAGGUAGAUUCAAUGGCGGGCGAAGGCCCCUCUUUCUCGAAGUCGGCAAACAUUCCAGAAGUCGAUGUUUCAACGCCGAUUGGACCAGAAAUUGUAUCAAAGCCAGCAAAACCGACUCUCCCGGAACCGUUGGAGGGCGAGGGGGGAGAUGAGUCUCCAAUAUCAGGGCUAAAUUUGUUAGCAGAAGAGGUUGAAAAGGGGACACGGAGUGACAAUGUCUAUAAAGAUCCACAGGAGAACACUUGUAGGAUGCUUACCGUUUGGUCUCAUCCUGAAUCUUACGUCCUUCCGCCGGAGAAACAAGGUGGUAAAGCGUCACCGACAAAUUCUGAAGAUUACAAGACACCGCCAGAGGAUGAUCUGAUGACUGAAUGUCGCACACCAGACGUUGGGAAUUCGAAGCUGAGUCGAUAUCUGACUAGGUCAUUAAAAAAAAGCAGAGCUAGAAGGGAAAUGUAUUCCAAUAAGCUCAACCAAAAAAGAUGACCUCCAGACGAAGCGUAUUCCGAGACGUUCAACAAAGAUUGGAGGAGUGUACACCCCAGACAAGAGAUUGAAGAAGCUUUUCCAAAGCUGCAAGAAACCCAAAUAUACGCCCUUAGCAGACUUGGAGAAAGCGCAGUUUCAAGAGUUUCAGUCAAUUCUCCGCGAGAAACCGGCACAAUAAGUUGUUUGGAUAUACUGUAUAAAUUUCUUGGACUGUCAAAUGUUUAAUAUUGACUUUUGGUUUGUUCUCAAAUUUCAGGGAAUUCGAAAUUAUUAUUGGGAUCCAUGUCUCAAAUAAGUUCUUCCUGUCGUUGGCGCGGCCAACAAAUUGGGUCAGUACCGAGGUAUUCAAUUCAUCAGAACUUAAUCCGUUUUAUUCAAGUGGUUUGUACAUAUUUUUCUAAUGGUUUGUACAUAUUUUUCAGCACAUUUCUGUGCUAACUAGUAUGCUAGUAAGGCGACAUGGACGCAAUUAUCUGAGUCGGAGGUGCAGAUUUGUAGACUACUUCAGUAUUGCGGGCAUCAUAUCAAAGUUCGCAGAGUUCGAGAAGGCCUCAGAUAAAUUUGGAUUCAACUGGGGAGGGCUUGUCAGUUUCAGUUUCACCGGAAAAACGCCGCGUCGGAAUGACAAGAAGGUGUUGUUGGUUGAUGUGGACAGGGUGUACGCCCCAAUGAUGUGGGGAAAAUAUCAUUGGGUUGGUCUUGUGAUCAACUUGACAUGCAGACAAGUGGAGAUUUUGGACUGCAACAUUCCCCUUAAUGAGUCCGAUAAUGAGGUGAACAAGCACAUGGCUUAUCUUCUACGCGCAUUGCCUCAUGUCUUAGCUGCGUUUUCGCCUCCUUCCGAUAGUAGUCAUCCUGAAGAAGACCAAGCAUUUUCAUGGGUGCGUCCAGACAAUAUUUACUUCAACGAAAGGUCUGGCGAUUGUGGACCAUGCGCGGUCAAAUUUCUGGAAAUGCAUGCAGCGGGAUACUCCUAUGAGGAUAUGGGGCAGAUCGAUGACAAAAAAGUGGACAUAAUCCGUCAGAAAUACGCGAUGGAUACCUAUGAAGAAUUUAUUGGAAACGCAAAAGUUCAAAACGAUGGUUGAAGACGUGUAUAAUGCCUGCUUCAUUUCGUUUGUUAAACCGAAUUGUUAACGGUUAUUGUAUCUUUUCAUUCAUCCAUACACUAUAAUUCAAACAGAUCAGUUUAUCUUUGAAGGUUUUAUAUCGUAUUUCUUAUAUAUUUAGGGUUUAGGGUUUAGGGUUUAGGGUUUAGUGUUUAGGGUUUAGGGUUUAGGGUUAUUAGAGUAUAAUAUCCAUGCAAGAUCUCACCAUAGUGUGUUAGUUAUUUGUUUCAAAGGAAAACAAUUUAAGAAGUAGUUGGUGUUUUUACAGUUUCAUUUAAUAAGUAUUAGUGUAAAAUUUAAAAAUUGAUUGCAAUAACUAUUUCUCUGAGUGUGUUAGGUACAAAAUGUGGGAGGGGACAAUAACUUUCCUAGUAACUCAUAAGACUCAUUUGUUCAUUUCUUUAUUCUAUAUAUACAUAUUCAAUGCUUCUGAUAAACAUCUCCAACAGAACUCAAUAGUAUGGCAUCUCUAAACAUCCCCAAUCUUCCAGAAGAAAUUUUGUGUAAAAUAAUAGAGAUGGUGGAAGCGGAUUCAUUCUACUAUCUUGGUGGUAUUUUGCGGGCUGGGAAACGCGGUUAUGCACUUGUCCACGAACCCUCCGUCUUAAGGAAGUGUAAUGUUCAGCCAAUGGUCACCUUUGCAACAUGUCAAAUCUGCAUUGGUGGUCAGUUUCGAGAGUUUUUCAUCAAGUGCGUAACAGCUGGCAACACAAACGCUAUCUACUAUGAAGGGCUCUAUGCAGCACUGAUCGUAGGUCCUGAGAAAUGUAUUAGAAUAUUGCAACCAAAUGUCCCAAAUCAUGAUUUAUCAACUUUAGCAGUCGGCAUUUUCAACGUGUGUAUUGGCAAUGACAAGGAAACCAGUAAACUGUUUCAGCAGUUCGAAGCUAAUCACUAUGACCUUCGCUCGGAUGCAAUAGUUGGACUGGGAGCUGAUCUAGAGUAGCGAUUGAUAUCAUUUGGAGCGCCAUACAUGAACAAAUAUGGUGCAUCUUUCAAAUUUCCGCAUGAUGAGGUAAUCAAGUCACCAAGCUGCCUUUAUGGCCAUGAUUACACAGUCGAUUUUGAAGGUUCUUGUAAAAACUGCAGGCUAUUUUGGAUAUGCUGCAACAUUUCUCACAUCCUAUAGGACUUUAUUUAUGUUAUCCUCGAUGUUAUUUGUUUUCUAUCGUAUAGCUUAAGUAUUCGUAGACCUUAAGUAUUCGUAUACCUUAAGUAUUCGUCAAUGUUAUCUGUUUUCUCUCGUAGACCUAAAGUAUUCGUCAAUGUUAUAUGUUUUCUCUCGUAUACCUUCAGUAUUCGUAUACCUUCAGUAUUCGUAUACCUUCAGUAUUCGUAUACCGUUUAAUCAAUGAAAAGUGAGUAAAGAUAAAUAUUAAUGGAAUUAUGAAUAGAGAUGUCAAUUGGGCUGUCCAUGUCCAAUGGGUAUGUCCUUUGGACAAAGCAGUUUAUUGGACAUUAAUCUUAAGUCCAAAUUGUACCUAGUCCAAAUUGUCCAAACACAAAAAAAGACCAUUCCAAAACAGACCCUUCCAAAUAGAACCAUAAACAUUCCAAAUUGGACGUCCAUGUCCAAAUGGUUUUAGCCCAUCUAAUUUGGACUUAAUAGGUUUCAGUCCAUUUGACAUCCCUAGUUAUGAAUGUUAAGUAAUAAAAGUGAGUAAUUAAUGGAAUUAUUCGUAGACCUUAAGUAUUCGAAUACCGUCAGUAUACGUAGACCUUAAGUAUUCGAAUACCGUCAGUAUACGUAGACCUUAAGUAUUCGAAUACCGUCAGUAUUCGAAUACCGUCAGUAUUCGUAUAUCGUGAGUAUUCGUAUACCGUCAGUAUUCGAAUACCGUUAGUAUUCGAAUACCGUGAGUAUUCGUAUACCGUGAGUAUUCGUAUACCGUCAGUAUUCGUAUACCGUCAGUAUUCGAAUCCCGUUAGUAUUCGAAUCCCGUUAGUAUUCGUAUACCGUCAGUAUUCGAAUACCGUUAGUAUUCGUAUACCGUCAGUAUUCGUAUACCGUCAGUAUUCGAAUACCGUCAGUAUUCGAAUACCGUUAGUAUUCGUAUACCGUCAGUAUUCGUAUAAUUAGCAAUUCCUAAUUUUACUAAUAUUAAACAUGCAUAAAAAGACAACAAUAAUAAACAGAAAUCAUAAGUUUAAGGUAUGACAUCGAGUUUUUUUCCAGAUCUGUUCGUCAGACGAAUUACUUGGGAAGUCGUCUGGCUUUAGACAACUUACCUG